AUGCCCGCCUCACUCAUCUUCAUCACCGGAGCCACCGGCUUCAUCGGCUCUCAGAUUGCAUCUUCCGUCUUAAAAGCAGGCUACCGCGUCCGACUGAGCGUUCGCCGUGAAGAACAGAUUCAGAAGCUCCAAGAAGCUUUUCCAACAUUCGCAGACCAGCUUCAGUUCAUUCUCAUCCCCGAUUUCACAAAGACAAAUGCGUUUGCCGAUGCUGUCGUCGGCGUGGACUAUGUGAUCCACGUAGCAUCGCCCAUGGUAGGCCAGGGCGCGGACUUCCAAGAGGGCUACAUCAAUCCUGCCGUCCAGGGCACGCUCUCGGUUCUUGACGCCGCCAAGGCGACGCCGUCCGUCAAGAGGGUCUUGAUCACGUCUUCCAUCCUCGCGUUGCUACCUUUGGAAGCUCUCUUCUCAAUGGCUGGCGACGGCCUAGUCGUUCGAGAGCGCGCUGGUAUUGAUCUUCCUGUUGACGUCAACAUGGAGUUUCCCGAAGGCCUCCCAGGACACACCAUGAAAUACCAAGGCUCCAAGAUCCUCGCGCACCAAGCAACGGAAGACUGGGUCAAAAAGAACAACCCCUCUUUCAAAGUCCUGACUCUCCACCCCAGCUUCGUAACAGGACCAAGCCUCCUCCAGAAGAAGGCCGAAGAGAUCGACAGCAUCAACUAUCUCUUCCUCGACGCCGUCCGCACCGGCAACAUCACCUUCCCUCCCGUGCUAGUCGACGUCAGGGACGUCGCCGAGGCCUUUUACCGCGCGCUGACGGCGCCCGUCCCGGCGGACUUCCAGGAAUUCGUCGUCUCCGGCGUCACGACAUCGUGGAACGAGAUUGCGGAGGUGGUGCAGAAACUCUAUCCCGCCGCCGACUACAAGCUUAAACCCCCGGUCGAGGGUGCGCCGACCAUGAGCGCGGUGACCAAAGCGGCGGACGAGAUUCUUGGGAUGAAGUGGAAAUCUUUAGAGGACCUCAUCCGCGGUGUCGUUGAUGUCCAACUCGCCUUUAAAGCUUGA